UUUAAGAGCUCAUCAAUACCCUCAGCUCAGUCCACGCGUGAGAAGAGACUCAGUGGCGCUCCGCGCUUCAUCACAUUCUCAUACAAAGCAACUGUGCCUUCAACACACUGCUGAGCAACAACGACUCAAACGUUGUAUUUCAGCAUGAGCUAAUCUUAUUUCUCCCUACUUACCUUUUUAUUGAUUCUUAAUUUAUCCCCUAUACAUUUCUGCUCUCUAAGUCACUCACUGUUUGCGCUCUCAUCAGACACUUAUUGUUGACGGAUGACUGCGAGGAACUACUAAAAUAAAAUAGUUGUGGUUAGGUCCGAAAUGGAUUUACAAACGCUAAAUGAUACAUCUGGGAUUUGGGCAUGCCUUCAGCUGCAGAACAGCUCGCUUCUGAACGGGACCUUAAACGGGAGUCUGGAGAUUCCCAACGGCACCUGCGGAGACGCGCUUCUGCUGCCCAAGACGGAACCGGCGCGACCCAAAGAAAUGGAUUCGCUACGCAUACUGCUAUACUCUCUCAUAUUUCUGCUGAGUGUGUUUGGUAACCUGCUCAUCAUUGUGGUUUUGGUGGUGAAUAAGCGAAUGCGGACGGUGACCAACUCAUUCCUGCUCUCCCUGGCCAUUAGUGAUCUGAUGAUGGCUGUUUUCUGCAUGCCCUUCACUCUUAUUCCCAACCUACUGGAGGAUUUCAUCUUUGGAGCUGCCAUGUGCAAGAUCGUGGUCUAUCUUAUGGGAAUCUCCGUCUGCAUAUCCACCUUCAGUCUGGUGGCUAUAGCCAUUGAGAGGUACAGUGCCAUUUGCAACCCGCUAAAGUCCCGGGCAUGGCAGACCCGAUCCCAUGCCUACAAAGUCAUCGCUUCCACCUGGGUCCUGUCCUUCCUCAUUAUGACACCUUAUCCCAUCUUCAGCACACUGGUGAAGUUCACCAAACCCAACAACAUUACAGCUCACAUGUGCCGCCAUGACUGGCCAAAGAGCGAGGUGGAACAAGCAUGGUGCAUCUUGUUGCUAUUUGUUUUGUUCUUCAUUCCUGGAGUGGUGAUGAUCAUCGCUUAUGGGCUCAUUUCUCGAGAACUCUAUCGUGGAAUACAGUUUGAAUUGGAGCAGAAGAAGGGACAAUGUGGAAUAAAAAAUGGUAUCAGCUCCACUGUCUUAUAUAGCAGCGAUGACGGAGACGGCUGCUACAUCCAGGUGUCCAAGAGGCCCAACUCAAUGGAGAUGUCAGCCCUCACCCCAACGGGCUCCGCGAAGGUGGACCGACCCCGCAGUAACACGUCCGAGGCUAAGCUAAUGGCGAAGAAGCGAGUGAUCCGUAUGCUCAUUGUCAUCGUGGCCAUGUUCUUCAUCUGCUGGAUGCCCCUGUACUCUGUCAACACCUGGAAAGCGUUCGAUCUUCCCUCGGCCCACAAUGCUCUUUCUGGAGCCCCCAUCUCGUUCAUCCAUCUGCUGUCCUACACGUCUGCCUGCGUCAACCCCAUCAUCUAUUGCUUUAUGAACAAGCGCUUUCGAAAGGCGCUUCUCACCACCUUCUCCUGCUGUUGCUGGCCCUGCCGCAGAAGAGGCUUCAAGGAAGGUGACGAUGAGGUUACUGCCACUGGAGCGUCCAUGUCUAAGUUCAACUACACCACUGUGAGCACAAUGGGACCGUGCUGAUUCUCAGAGGACCGAGGCUGGGAAAGAUGGAGAAGAACCAGGGCUGAUGUUGAUGUAUUGGAGGAAAGCAAACCACAUACUACAUCAACAUCGUUCACUGUUUUGUGAGUCCUCAUGUUGUUACAUAUACACUAGAGACUUGUAUAAAUGUAUAUAUGGAAGACGGCGUCCACCAACUAGUUCUGUCAAAAGUCUAUAACUCUCACUCAUUAAGAACAAAAAAGAAACCAAACGACUGCCUGCGACAUUUCUUUAUGACUGAAUUAGGAUGUUGUUUUGGUGUAGAAGAACCCUAGAAAAUAAUAGUACCUACCAUGAAUGACAACAAGCGUAGGGUUUGCUGAGGAAAAGUUUGGAUCAGAUGCGAGCAGAACUACGGCUUUUCGUGAAGAGAAGAAGCUCAUUGGUCGGCUUUAUCGACUGAGUGAUAAUGUCGAAAAUGCUAGAUGUUGUCAGAGUCAGCAAGACCAUCAACUCAGCAGGACAAAGAAUUUCUGGAGCAGUUAGUGCUCACAGAGAGACGGCUACAUUAACCGACUUGCUCAAACGACUAUGUAAAUUACUGUAAAUGGCUAGUAGAAUGCCAGCCUUACACUUUAUGUUAAGUUAUGCUUUUGUUAUAGUUUUAAGUGCCUGCAUAGUGUUUUUAAAAUCUUUUCUGAGGUCAAGGUACAGAAGAGAUUUCAUUUAUAACAUCAGAACUCUAAAACACUGACGUAUAGCAGCUUUCCAAAGUCUGAGACAACAGGCUUGUACUAAAAGUAAAAUAUUCUACCGUAUUACAGGGUGGUUAAUGAUGAUGGUUUGUUGCUAGACAGGACAAUGCUUUUGGCAACUGGCUUCAUUUUUCAGGCUUAAGAAGUUUUGUUCUGUUUUUGAAACUUGUCCUUCAUGGCCUUCAUGGUCUGUGGCUCUUGAGUGGUGGCAAAUGUAGAACCUUAGACCCCUUGAUUGGGGCCAAUUUGUCACAAUCUCACAGACUGAUUUAUGACUGCUUUUAUAUGCCCUUCUAAACUUAUAGCUAUAAGCUUAUUAAGGUCCUCUCAGAUAGUCCUCAUCAAACACCAGCAAUGAACACUUAAACCUGAUUUGUGAUUGUUCUGUCCUUCUUUUAGAUAAGAUGAUUUUUUUUUAGGCAGGUUAGAAAGAGAGGCUUGAUUAAGUGUCAUAUCUUUGAGUGCCGUGGGACCCAUGGGAAGUCAGACUUGAUUUAAUGACUGUAAAAUAUUUUAAGCUACUAAAAUUGAAGAUGUCAAUUUAAUGGCUGACUUUAAGUAAAAUUAAAGUGCUGCCAAAGUGACAAUGUGGAGUGAUGAGUCCAUUGCACAUUAUCAUCCACUUUAAUUUUAAAUACUGCUGAAAAAGUCAAGCUGAAACUCCAAAAACUUAUAAAGUUAAGUAGGAUGUAAUGACACUUUGAUUGGAUGUAUACAAAUAGUAUUUUUGUCAUAAUGAUGGACACGUUUUCGAAGUGUAUUUCCUCUACAUUUAAUUUUUCUAACAGCUUACUUGGAAAAAAAUAAUAAUAAAUAAUCAUUUACAUGAACUCAUUACUCAAGUAGCUAAUUUAAGAUUCAAAUUCAAACAUUAUAAUUCCUAAUUCCUCAAAUGGUCACAAAUGAUUGUCCCAUGGGGUACUGUUUUCAGAAAUAAGUUAGAAUAACUAAUCAUGAUUCAUGUCAUGAUGUUAUUCCAGUUCCUUUGUUAAGAAACAAACUUUAAGAUAUUUUGCAUGAAAACCUGGAGGUUUGUCCCAUUGACUGCCAAGUAAAUACCACUGUCAAGACCCAGAGAAGUAUGAAAGGCAUCGUCAAAAUAAUCCAUUAUAAUCUGCCAUCAGUGGUUCAAUCUGAAUUUUAUGAAGCGACAAGAAUACAUUUUGUAAGCAAAGAAAAUAAAAAUAACAACUUUAUUCGACAAUUUAUCUCAUCUGCGUCACCGCAGCACCAUUCUGAAGAAUAUCCGCUGGACGCAAACUUUGAAUGCUGUUCUGUGUCAGCUGCACCACACGGAUACGUCUUCUACAUUCUUUAUGCUUUGAUUUGAACGAAAACAGCAUAUCUGUGUGCUGCAGCUGACAGGGAACAGUGUACACAGUUUUUGUUCAGUGGAUAUUCUUCAAAAUUGCGCUACGGUGACGCAGAUGAGACAAAUUUUAUUUUAUUUUUGUACAAAAAGUAUUCUCAUCACUUCAUAAAAAUCAGAUUGAACCACUGAUGACAGAUCAAUUAUUUUGACGAUGCCUUUCAUAUUUUUUCUGGGUCUUGACAGUGGUAUUUAAUUCAGUUAGUGGGACAGUCAGUGGGACAGUCACAAGCCUCCUGGUUUUCAUCCAAAAUAUCUUAAAUUGUGUUCUGAAGACGAACAAAGCUUUUACUGGUUUGGAACGAAAAGGGGGAAAGUGAAACUUUCAUUUUGGGGUGGAGUAACCCUUUAACUACUAUGCACUUACAUUUAAGUUAUUAAUUUGAUACACUGCAUUUAUUGUGCACAUACAUGUUUUUACAUUGUACUUAUAUUUUUAAAAAAAUCGCUGCCUAUAACUACAUCUGUAAUUAAUUUCUGUAAUUACAUUUAUAGUUACACUGUUGACCCACCCCUUACACCUUAACCCAUAAAUCUACCCAUACCACCAAAUCUGUCCCUAACCUUACCCGUAUCCCACCUCAAAAGCAGCAGAAGUGUUUUGCAAUACAACAUGAACACAAUAAGUACGUUUUACUUAUUUUUGAUGUAAGUACAUAGUAGUUAUGGCCACCUAAUAUAACACCCAUUAAAGUUAUAAGACUUGUUUUAUGUACCUUAAAGACUAUGAAGAGAUGUUUCAGCAAAAUUUUGAUUCACGUUUGGUGUUGAUGAAGGGAUGCUUGAGCUUUACAGAUGGGGCUUUGGGUAUACAUAAGGCAAAAAUAAAACCAGUGUAAAUGCUUCCCAAACUAUCCAUAUUACUCUUCUUUUCCCCAAUACUCUGCCCCUUUUCCCCUGAUUUCAAUGCCCCACAUUUUUUUCCACUGGCUAAACAUGGCGUUCUAAUCAAUGUGCAUUUGAUCCCUGAACUUAGGUUGCAGUGAACAAUGUCAACAUUGCACUAAUAUCUUGUUAGCCACACUCUUCCCCGACCCUGCUGACCGUCCAUCACACAGCAGGCCUUAAAACCUGCCAAUUCCCCCAUUAAAUUUAUGCCGCUUGGCCGUCCAAACUUUCCCCGAUGUACCAGCCAGGGUUUUAAUGGCCUCGCUCCCCUGCGCCACUCAUGACUUGGAUAAUGGGUCGGUAUUCAGGAUCACACACAAAGAUUAGUUUUAUGGGAUCGUCCAGACAAAUGUUGUCGGAUUUGCUCGUUUCUGACAUUUUAAAACGGCAUCCCAUUCGUGCAGGGUGUUAUUUUUGGAUCGGAAAAGGUGAUGAAAAUGAUCAUUUAAGCUCUUCUUGAUUGCGUGCUUUGAAAUACUUUUAUAUGAGCCAGUCUUUAAAUUGCACUAGGUCACUCAGUCUUAAAAAGUUUUGUUCGGCAGAUGUUCUUGCUUUACUCUAAUGGGAAGAGAAAUGAGGUCAGCAGAUGCAUUUAGUUCUGACCUUUCCAAGCCCAUCAUGACUCCUUUUUCAUGAGAAUAAUAUAUAGCCAGUGGUAGAGAUCCUCCUGCGAAACAGACGUCUGACUUCCUCAGGUUUGGAUCCAUAUUGAGAAAACAUAUGUUUCUUGUGAAAAGCAACUGCCGUACUACAACUUGUUUUCCUAUAAAUCAUCUACGUUUAUGAGGGAGUCCAAAAGAAAGACCCAUAAUUAGCACAUGGCAAAUCUGUGUUUGAAUGCUUAGAGAACUUUGAAUGCAACAGUAAAAUAGAUCAUAGCCUGCUGUAGGCUGGACAGAUGUCGACUGCAGAGGAUAAUAUGGGUACGAUCCUACUGUGAAUUCAGUGUUUAACAGCCCAUGAUAGUCCACGAUGGGGUUUUCUAGCACAAAAAAAACAAUCUAGUUUCAUUCAGGAAAUGCUCUCACGAAGGAAACAUCUGACAUAAUGGUUUUGAAUUAGCGGAACGUGGAAUCAAUUAAACUCUAAACACUUAAAUAAAUACGACUGAACAGACAGCAACAACAUCUGCUUGAUAAAUCCAGUAAAACAAUAAGCACUUGGAGAUCGCCUGUGCCUGUGGAAAAUUCAUUUCAUAAAUGAGCUGUUUCUCUAUAAUUAGUCGGACAUCAUAGCGCCUGCCUCCGUCUGGAGGCGUUUCACUGUUGUAAUGCUCUCAGUUUGGGUGCUGCGGCUGAAAAUGGAAGGGCUGUACAACAGUGAUUUCCCCAAGGUGUGUUUGAGGAGUCUGCGAGAGCGCCGAACACAUUGUGUUGUUGUGGCCCACAGCUCUCUUCUGAUUAAUAGGAUAUAAUCUGAAGCCUAAACUAACCACAUGCUUCAUGUGUUUAACCAACAGUCAACUCAAGUGUUCUCAUCAGAUCACAUACACAACCACUCAGCACUCCUUGUCUGUGCUGCAUAGUCCAUCCUCGAAAUACUUCACCUUGUCACAGACAAAGUUUGCAGACAGUGUGAUGAAAAUUAAAAAGUUUAUCAGCCUCAUCACUCAAGAUGACAAAAAACACUAAGGCUGCCAACUUCACACAGACAGAAGACAGAUUUCUGGCAUAUUUGUCUAAAAUCUGUUUAGUCAGAAGAGCUUUCGUAGUCAGAAAACACACAUGGCAUCUGAUUUUUACAAACCUGAUCCAAACCACAUCCAUAUGUGGUUUUAAAAUGUGAAUUUUUUGGACUGUGAUUGGAUUUCAAGUGAUUUUUUCUACACUCUAAAAAUGCUGGGUUGCAAACAGCUCAAUUUGGGCCAUUCUGGCAACUCAGCCCUGGGUGAGAACGGGACAGACCUAGCGCCGUGUUGGGUUAAAUGUUUGACCCAACAUGCUGAGCUUUAUUUAACUCAAUUAUUGUUCAAAAAUUACUAUACUCCUGGGUACAGACGAACCCAAUAUGGAAAUGAACACAGAAUGACUCCAGUAGCAAUACCAGCAACAUUGAUAAUCAAAAGCUGAAAAAUUAUUAAGCAAAAACACCCCAAAAUUUACAAAAAUAUAGGCAAACAUAAAUCCUUACAUGCAUAUGAGACUGCAUGCAACCCAAUAAUUACAGUGCCUUGCGAAAGUAUUCAAAUCCUUUCAUUUUUUCACCUUUUUUAUGUUACUGCCUUGUGUUAUACUGCUUUGAAUGACUUUUCCCCCCACGUCAGUCUACACUCCAUACACCAUAAUGACACAGCAAAAAACAGGUUUUUAACAUCUUUGCAAAAGUAUUAAAAAUAAAAACUUAAAUGAUUCCAUUGCAUAAGUACUCAUACCCUUAUGCGGGACAGUUGAAAUUUAGCUCAGGCGCAUUCAUGUUGGACUGAGGGACUCAUCAGAGUAGAAAAAAAGCUCAAUGCACCAAAAUAUAGAGAUAGCCUUAAUGAAAACCCAGUCCAGAGAAUUCAGAACCUCAGAAUGGGCAGAAGGUUCACCUUCCAACAGGAUAAUGACUCUAAGCACACAGCAAGUGUGGCUUAUGGACAACUCUCUAAAUGACCUUGAGUGGCCCAGCCACAGCCUGGGCUUGAGCCCAAUCAAAUAUUUCUGGAGAAACCUGAAAAUGUCUGCCAGCCACCAUCCAAGCUGACAGAGCAUAAGAGGUGUAGAGGUGAGGAGAAGAAUGGCAGAUAAUUGCCAAAUGCUGAUAUGCAAAAUGUGUUGCAUCAUACCCAAAAAGACUUGAGGCUGUGACUUGAGUGCUUCAGCUAAGUACUGAGUUAAGGGUAUGAAUACUUACGCAAUGCAUAAGUAUUUUAUUUUUUUUUUUUAAAUUUACAAAGUUGUGACAGUUCUGUUUUUGCUUUGUCAUUAUGACAUAUGGAGUGUAGAUUGAUGUGGGAAAAAAGUAAUUUAAAGCAUUUUAACACAAGGCAGCAACAUAAAAACGUGAAAAAAUUAAGGGGUAUGAAUACUUACGCAAGGCACUGUAUACAGCUUAUACAGUUAAACAAAACUGCUUGAAUAACUUGCAUUUAAGAACUGGUCAAGUUUGACCAGCUUUUUGUUUAUUUUUCUCCUGCCAAAUAACCCACUACUAAGAUUACAGGCAAACCAUCAGGCUGAGUGCCUCCAAGAAACACAGACUGAAAGCCUGUAAUAAACACUGAAGGAUGGGAAUAAA